AACAGGUCGCUAUCCUACGCGAUCGAUAACUUGGAUGCUGGAGCAUGCGCCAUUUCUCUCUCAAAGAGCAAACAAAAUGUGCUACCUUGUGUUGUUCGCAAUAUCACUGCUCACCUCAGAAGCCGCUAGUGACCUACUAAGGGAUAGUGUCCAUGUGACAUCCGCUGCAGCUCGGCCAAACAAUGAGUUGUGGUGCUACCGGUGCCUGGCGGAGGUGCCAGAGGACAAAUGCGCGGACCUGCGCCCGAAUAACUCUGCACUCGUACACAAAUGCCAUAACGACCGGAGAGUAUGCAUGGUAAAACGCUUCUCGUAUACGACCUCUAACGAGAAUUCGACCACGGCUCUGAAGAUGUGGGCCCUAGAAAGGAAUUGCACGAAACACUGCGAGCCAGGCUGCAUCAUCAUCGGCGAGAGGACGAAGCUCCACGCUUGCACUUCUUGUUGCACCACUUCUCUUUGCAAUUACGACUCCAGCGCCAUAAAGGAGACAUUACAUAUUAUCAUAUAUGUUGUAUCCAUAGCACUAGCAUUAAUAUUAUGAUCGCCUUAGACGGUAAACUAGUAACUAAUUAGUAUUUGUGAUAUAGGGACCAUCUAAUGUCGUCACAUCUUAUAUCAUAUAUAAGUUAUGAAAACGUUCAGACAACGUUAUCGAUCGAUGAUCCCAAAGAUAACCAUAGCGCUUGAUUAAUUGCAAAAACAUCUAAUUUACUUAUCAUUUGUUUUUCAAUAGAAGUAAUAGGUAUUAUGAUGGGGCCUAAGUCGUAUAAUGAAUCCUACAAAAUCCAUCAAAAGGUCUACCCUAAAUAUUAAAACACAAUAGAGGGAUUUUUGCUGUAAU